AUGACUGCAGACACUCUUUCGCUCAAAGGCAAGACUGCCUUGAUCACCGGCUCCGGCCGAGAAAAUGGCAUUGGCGCUGCCAUCGCCAGAGCUUUUGCCCGGAACGGUGCCGAUGUUGCAAUUCACUAUGCCUCGGAGAGCUCUAAGCCGCGGGCUGAGAAGGUGGCAGCAGACAUCAGUCGCGAGUUUGGAACCAAGACUACCGUUGUACAAGGAGCGGUGGAGAAGCCCAGCAAUGCGACAAAGAUGGUCAAGGAAACACUAGAAGGACUCGGAGCCUCUCACAUUGACAUUCUUGUGAAUAACGCUGGAUAUGGAGUUCCGAGAAAUCUCUUAGAGGCAACGCCAGAGUCGCUCGAAGCCGAGUUCGCGAUCAAUGUCUUUGGCACAGUUUACCUGACACAAGCAGUCAUUGGACUGGGUAAAAUGCCCAGAGGCGGGCGCAUCAUCAACGUCGGCUCCAUUGCGUCAAAACUCGGCCCCGAAGUCAGUGCAGUCUACGGCGCUGCAAAGGCUGCGCAAGAUAGUCUCACGGCGUCUUGGGCUGGCCAGCUCGGUCGUUCCCAUGGAAUUACCGUCAACACCCUCGCUCCGGGACCAAUCAUGACAGACAUGGCCAGGCCAUUCUUGGAAGCAGCUGACGGAACCGCAUCGGCUGAUAUGUUGAAAGCGGUGGAGGCGCAAACGCGAGCUGAGGCACGAAUUGGGACAGUCGACGACAUGGCCGAUGCUGCGUUGCUCUUGGUUUCGGAGAAGAGCCGCUGGCUUACCGCGCAAUGGAUCUCGGUCAGCGGCGGAGUUACUGGAACCAUGUAAAUGGGCGGAGUUAUCUGGCGUUUCUUUCGGCCUACCAUGUACAAUAGUCUGCUCGAUUCAAGUAAAGUCACGGCUAGUCGCAGGAUUUUGAAAGUGGGCUCCACCUUAUUGCACGAGUCCUUACGGCCAAAUAGACUGGGGGGGAUGAAAGAGUGUUAUAUUUAUUUGAAAAUACAUGGCACUUCUUGCUGCUACCAGAUCU